AGUGACAAGGCAAAAAAUUUCGUUGCCCCUAAAAGAAUGGAUAGCAUUGUCAACUACUGUGUAGCGGCAUCAGGCUACAGUGUUUUGUAUAACACUCGUCUUGAAAAGCUGUCAGUGGCAGAUGAUGGUAUGAUCAAGACGUUAACUCUCGAGUCCGAAAACGGCUAUGUUGCAUCUUAUAAUGCAGUGGUGAUCACUAUACCAGUACCACAGGCUCUCGCUCUUGAUGGUGUUUUGGAGCUGCUUGAUAAGAAACCGAUUCUAAAGAAAAAUCUCGAGUGUGUGCACUAUUCGUCGAGAUAUGCUGUUGCAUUACACUUUGAGUCAGAUUUUGAGAUUCCUGUCCCUUGGACUGCUAAAUAUGUGUGCGGUAACGAUGCAAUUCGUUUUGUGUGCUGGGACUCGAGAAAACGGAAUCCUCAGUCUGGAGGUCCUCACUCACUCCUAGUGCAUUCUAGUGUUCCUUUUGCAGUGGAACAUUUAGAAGAAGAACGAGCAAAAGUGGAAGAAACUUUGAUAGACCGAGUACAAAUGUUGUUUUCGUGGCUGCCAAAACCUACUUGGAGUAGGUGUCAUCGAUGGCGAUAUUCUCAAGUGAAGCAAUCAUAUUCUGGCAUACCCGGAUAUGUCACAAUAGGUCAGUCUCCACCACUGCUGUUUGGUGGUGAUGGAUUCAACCACUCGAAUUUUGAUGGCUGUGUUGAGUCGGCAGCACAGAUAGUUAAUGCUCUCAUCAAGAUGCCAAUUCUAUCGUUAUAGUAUAUGACUAGGAUGGUAGGCAAACGUGAAGUGAAAUAAGCAAACUGCCAGAUGAAGUUUCAUACGCUUUCUUCAGUGUCUGAAGUGAUUGUUUGUUUGAGUGUCUGCAGGUAGGUACAUUAGACUGUGACUAAUAGUGUGUCUGCAUG